AUGAUAAACGUCAUAGCGGGUGCGAUUUUCGCCUUUAUCGUUUGGUAUUACUUCACGAAAGAUGACCCGACACCCAUAUUCGGCAUAUAUUCUGUGCCGGGAAAGUGGUAUUAUUUGAAAUAUGCUGCGUUCUCGUGCUUGUACUAUUUUAGAAAGUAUGCUAACCAAUACAAAGCUGCCGACACCAAUACGAGACCCGGUCAGGGUGUUAAAGCUAUAGCGAAUAUAAAUGAAAUGGACCGAGAACAGCCCCUGAGCGAACAUGCUAAGGCCUUCGAUGCUGUAUUCUUUAUAUCCGCAUCUAAAAACGAAAAGGACAAAGGUAUCUACGUGGUGAUGGGCUGUGAACGCAGACCAAUGGGAAUGUGCAAUGGACUGUUUUAUAUUGGGUUACCAGAAAAAGGCAUGCUCUGUAGCAAGAAAAUCCCAGAUACAGUCUUGUUCGGUGCUGAGAUUGGGGAAUUUGGCGCGGAGGGCAUCAAAAUAACACCGGUUGAGACCAUGAAAAGAUGGAGUCUUUCGUAUAAAGGUCAAAUGUGGUAUCAGAACGAUCCAAGCAGAAUGGUGGACGUAGAGUUCAAUGCGGAAUGGACAGCUAACAGCAAGCAUUUCGACUAUGAUACAGAUCUCUAUCCACCAGCAGUCAUUAGAUCGAUCUCGAGGGAAAAGUGGAGUCGCGAAUACUUCGAAGGACUGAAAACAGCACACCAAUCGCACUAUGAACAGUUUGGAAUAUUAAAAUGCGAUUUCACGAUUGAAAACGAAAACUUCCACAUGACUCUACCGUCUUUCCGGGAUCACAGCUUUGGUCAGAAACGCGACUGGUCCUUGAUGCAUCGCUAUGCUUUCCACCACAUCUUUCUGGACAAUGGCAUAAGCUUAAGCGUUGGAGUGAUCUGCCAACCAUGCACUGCCACUAGGUUUGAGGUCGGAGUACUAGCACUGGCCAACGGUGAAGUAUUUCCUGUAGAGUGGGUGGAUCUUGAACUUUGGCAGCAUGGAGAAGGGGGGGAUUCACCGAACGACUACGCUUUUAGAUGUAAAGCUGGUGAAAACGAGUAUACUAUUCAGGUGCUUGUCGAAUACGAAUCCAUCCACUACGUAUCGCAGGAGUGGGAAGCGAAGAUGAGGGAAAGAUUUUGUAAAUAUAUCGUCAAUGGAAUCUCGGGAAGAGGCGUGUCUGAAUUCCACUACCGGCACAAAGAUGGAAGACCAGAAUCUGCGGCGAAAACAGACCCCGAGUGGUACAGAAAGAUGUGUCAUAAGAUUUAA